GAUGAUGAAGAUGAGAAGAAGAGGGAGAAAUAGAACAAAAAGAAAAAGCGAAAAAAGAAAAUAAGUGAGUAACUUAUAUUCUUAACUGCGAAGAGAAAACAAGAAGAGUCUCAGUGGUUGAGAAGAAAAAAGAAUAAUUUUCAUUUUCUUUUCUAUUCUUUGUUCUUUUUGUUUUAUUCUUUUUCUUUUCUCUCUCCAAUUGUCUUAACCCUUUUGCCUCUAAAUGUUUCAUUGAUUCUCUCUCACUUGGUUUAUGUGUCUCUUUGUGUAACAUUCUCACCUGUUGAUGUCUCAUCGUAAUGAGGCUUAAUCAAUCUACUGUCAUUCUUUUCAUCAUAUCGUUUAUCCAGAUUUUUGUUUCAUUUGGAUUAUCAUCUUCCAUCUUAAUUCCAUCAAAUUGUUCAAUAUCUCCAUCAUCAUCAGGAUGUGAAAAUGACCAAGGUCCAGUUUGCUCUUCAGAGGGUAAAACAUACAAUUCUAAAUGUGAUCUACUUGUUGAUCAAUGUAAGAGAUCGGGUAUUACCAUUGUUGCUAAUUAUCCUUGUUCUACCUGUUUACAUGAAAGAAUUGCAAAUCUUGCUGUUAAAUCGGAAUCUGAUCAUCAAUCGGGCAAAGAGAUUCUAAUACCCGAAUGUGACUUGUCCAAAGGAUUAUACAAAGCGCAACAGUGUCACAAAGAGACAGGCUACUGUUGGUGUGUCGAUAUCAAUACUGGUAAACCAAUUUGGAAAACUUCUGCUAAGGGUGACAAAGCUGCGACCGAUUGUGAGACACUUGCCCGUAAAGUUAAUCGUCGACGUCGACCCCGUCGGGAUAAAAAGAAAUGUACUAAAGUUGAGAAGGGCGAACUAAUUAGUAAAUUGUUGGAGAUUUUCUCAGAAGAAUAUGAGAAUCAGAUGAAAAGUAAACAGGAUGACGUUGUUACUCUUUUAAGGUACAAAUUUGGAACCUUGGAUGUUGAUAAAGAUGAGAACAUUAAUCGGCAAGAGUUUAAAGAUUUUCGAAAUUCAAUCAAACAAAGGACCAAAUUAAACAAUUGCGCUGCUUCAUUUUUUAAAGUUAUCGAUUUUAACGCUGACAAGAAAAUCUCAGCCACCGAGUGGAUUUCGUUUUAUACCAAUAGACGAGAGAAAACUAAUCAACGUUCUGAUGGAUCUUCUCGUAGUGAAUCUCGAGUAGCGAAAGCAAGUCCUUCCGACAUUGCAAUGUGGUCUUCGAAUAUCGCUUCCGUCCAUGGAUUGUCUCUUUUGAACCAGAAAACAGCCGCUGAAAACCAGGCUGCCAAAGAAAAGGAAAACGAAGAUGAGCUCGAUCACGUGGCUGGUUCAGGUGGUUUUAACGUUAGCACGUUGAUUUUUAAGCCGAAUGGCAGUGAGACUCGGCAAAUGAUGAUCAGCCGGUUGAAGAAAAUGGUUGAAAUCAACAAGUUGUUAUUAGGAACAUAAAAUGAAACAUAUUAAAUAUAAAACCAAAUUUAUCAAAAUACGAAAAAACCAAUAACCUGUUAUAUCAACAUCAAGAAAUUAGAUACAGAGAGAGAGAUAUUUAUAUAUAAAUGAAAACGAAUUUCGAAAUUUUA